UCUCUCUCCAUUUAAAAAAAAUCCUAAAUGGAGUUUUUGUGGAUUUGUCUGCUGCUGGAGGUGAUCAUGAUGUCCAUGGCUGCCAGAGGUCCUCCCAAGGUUUCAGAGAAGGUGAACCCUCGUCAGAGUGUCCGACUGGGUCGCACAGCCAAGCUGCCUUGCCCUGUGGAAGGAGACCCGCUCCCCAUCAUGAUCUGGUCCAAAGACGGUCGAAAUAUCAACGGUGGCUGGACCCGGUUCAAGGUGUUGCAGCACAGCCUUCGCAUAAAGGAAGUGGAGACGGACGAUGCAGGCACCUACAUCUGUAGGGCUAUCAAUGGGUUUGGCAGCGCCAACAUUAACUACACCCUGAUUGUCAUAGAUGACUCCAGCGUGAGGAAUGGAGCUGGGGAACCUACAGGGGACUCUGUGCACCCCCCAGACCUGGCAGGGAAACUAGUUCGUCCUCGUUUCACCGAGCCGGCAAAGAUGAGGAGACGAGUCAUCGAGCGUCCGGUGGGCAGCUCUGUGCGCCUGAAGUGCACAGCGAGUGGAAACCCCAACCCAGAUAUCGUCUGGCUGAAAGACAGCAAGCCUCUGGUGGAUGAGGAAGGGGGCGAGAGGAAGAAGAAGAGGUGGACCCUGAGUCUAAAGAACCUGACGCCCGAGCACAGUGGAAAGUACACCUGCCAUGUCUCCAACAAAGCUGGGGAGAUCAACGCCACCUACAAAGUGGAAGUCAUACAGCGAACCAUCUCCAAACCGAUACUAACCGGCACCCACCCUGUCAACACCACCGUGGACUACGGUGGAACCACGUCUUUCCAGUGUAAAGUCCGCAGCGAUGUCAAGCCUGUCAUCCAGUGGCUAAAAAGAGUCGAACCCGGUGAUGAGAACAAAUUCAACUCCACCAUCGAGGUCGGAGAGUACCGCUUCGUGGUGCUGCCCACAGGAGAGGUUUGGUCCAGACCAGAUGGUUCAUACCUCAACAAGCUGCUAAUCAGCAGAGCCAAGGAGGAGGAUGCUGGGAUGUACAUCUGCCUGGGAGCAAACACCAAGGGCUACAGCUUCAGGAGUGCCUACCUCACCGUGCUGCCAGAUCGGAAAUCUCAGCCCAGCUCCAUCCCGCCUGUUCCAUACCAAAGCCUUCCAUGGCCCGUCAUUAUCGGCAUCCCGGCAGGCGUGGCCUUCAUCCUAGGCACCGCUCUCCUCUGGUUCUACCAAUCAAAACGUACAUGCACCUCUUCCUCCUCUGCUCUCCCCGCCGCUCAGCGUUUACCUGCAGCCAGCCGCGAUCGCGCCUGCCCAGCGCUCCCCGCACCGCAGACCACCGCAGACAAAGACUCCCUCUCGUAUGAGGAAUACCUCGCCCAUCAACAGCUGCUCCUGGCUCAGGGAGGGGCUGGUCUGGCUCCCAAGGUCUACCCAAAGAUCUACACGGACAUCCACACGCACACCCACUCGCAUGUUAACGGGAAAGUUCACCAGCAUCAGCACAUUCACUACCAGUGUUAGCAGUGAGCACAGAGGCUACAGUGUCACAUUUCAACCUCUUUGGUGGACAUGUCGGUGUGCAUGCAGAUGCAGUCAUAACAUGAAAAUCAGAGCAAAGAACAUGGAAGAGACCCUGCAACUCCGCUCCAGACGUGUGACUGUUAACGGACCUAAGGCUGAUGUACUGGAGGACAUAAGGAAAUCCUACCAAAGCAAUAGCAGAUGGUUCUGUGCUGUCUUUACACAAGCACAGCUUCCUCUGAGAACUUGGGGCAGACAGCAUGCUAACACCACCAACGGCUCCUGGCACCAUCUGGCUACGCAGCAUCCUUCUUUAACAUCAACCCAACUGUGAUGGAACAGCAGCAACAAGCUGCUCCAGUUUAACUUUGGAGCAUGAAGCGCUUCACCUCAUUUGAACACGCUUAACUCCUACAGAGUUUUAUACCUUUGAACACUCUAAGGAGAAGUCUCAUGAAAGUAUUCACACCUUUUGACCUUUUUAUACAUUUUUUGAUACGAACUUCUUACAUGCUAUUAUAACUGUGAAGUGGAAGAAAAAUGGAGUAGAAUACAAUCAUACCCAUUAUUGUUAGCUGAUAACAUCUGAAAGUGUGACGUGCAUUUGGCCUCAUUCCUCUCCACUCCAAACCCCAUAACGCUUUAACAUAUUCCCCUAUUGAAACAUGGUGGUGGCAGCAUCAUGAUGUGGGAAUGCUUUCCCUCAACAGGGACAGGGAAGCUGAUCAGUUUUUAUGAGGAAAUGGAUGGAGCUAAAAUCCAGGACCAUCGUGGAGGAAAAGCUGUUAAAGGCUGCAGAAGAGCUGGGACUGGAGGGAAGCUUCACCUUCCAACAGGACAACCACCCUGAACAUUCAGCCAGAGAUAUGAUCGGUAGAUUCACCUGGUAAAGAAGCCCUGCUGCAUUUACUGAGGAGAAGGGAAAAUUAUGCAAAAACAAGCUGUAGUUUAAAGGUCUUGAUUGUAAGGUAUGAUUAAAACAUUCGUUUUUGACUCAUGCCACACACAAAAAAAAGUUUAAGGGGAGUGAAUACUUUUGUGAGGCUCCUGAUAUAUGAGGUUAUGGUUCAUCUUUUAUCCAAAAAGCUGUUUUCCACAAGCCUGUUUGAAGUAAGUUUUAUGAUCAUAUUGGAUUCAUUUUGGCCUGAAUCUCAGACUAAACCCAUCUGAGCCAAAACAAACUGCUGUAUCUCCAAUGAAGACAGAACCAGGCUCAGCUUUUCAGUCUGAAAAAAUCCAAAGCUGCAGGGUGAUUCCUCAUUAGGUCCAUCUUCAUCCAAACAGCUGGUGGACUGAUCUAAAAUACCUUUGCAGUAGUAAGCUUCAGAUUUGUUGCAAAGAAGCUGACAGAACCUGUCAGCAAUCGGAGUGAUUUCCUCCUUUCUGCUGCAACAUCUCCUGUUCUGCUCAGUCUGAUCCUCAAACAUCACGGUGAUGAAUGUCAAAGUCUUUUAGUAAUUCCUUCAACAUUUCAUUGAUCCUUGGAGAAUUUAAACAGCUUCAAACUGAUGGACUUAAAAGGUUUUUUAUUGUUUUUCUUUUUAUUCUUUACCUUCCUAAUGGGGUCUAUUGUAUGAUGAAUAAUUUAAAGUCCAAGAGACUUAGUUUUUUGUUUUGUGAAAAUUAAAUUAACUUGUUAAAUUGCAGACCCACUAAUAACAAACCCAAGAAAUGAAUCAGUAAGUUCUGCUUAAUUUAAGUGCUAUGCAUUAUUUUCCCUUUUUUUUCUUUUUUUAACAUACUUUGUCCAUGGCACAUUUUUGAGCUGUUUUUGACCUAGUGGAUAGAAAUUUGGAAAUUUUGCUUUCAGAUUUAUUUUCAUUUUCUUUCAUUUAAUUUCUGUUUUCUUAGUUAAGUCAUUCUCUAGGGCCAAAAGAAACACAAUACAACAAAUAAUCACAUCCAGAACAUAAUAAAUACAUAUUUGCCUUCAAAUUUAUAUAUUUCAUGGUUUAAAUUUUAAUAUAAAUAAUUAAUUAUUGCAUUCCAACCAUUAAUCCAAUCAUUAAUCGAAUAUUUUUUUCCCUAGAAGAUCUAAAUAAAUAAAUAUUUAAUUAUUAAUUUAAACCCAGAUGUAUUCUUUUAAAAUUAUUUGAGGUGAUUUUCUGUAUUUGGAUUUUCAAAUCAAACAUUUAUUAUAUUAAAGGUACAAAUAUCCCCAAAAAUUUAAAUUUUAAGCAAAUAUUUUCAAUGAUUUAAGUUCCAUAUUAAUGCUGAUGAUUUAGAUAAAAUUCUAGUUAAUACAAAAAAAAAACAAUCUUAAGUCAACUUUCUAAAGCUGGAAAUUUUUAUUGAAUUGUUUUUAAUUAAAUUCCUCCAUCAUAAAUGUAUUUUAUCACUCCUUAUUGAGCCUCAUGUCGACUCUAACUUAUGAUUACAUACUGGAUGAAUUGUAGAGCAAUUAGCUUCUCUACAGCAGCGUUGGCUCAACCCACAUGUUUCCGUUUUGUAUUCCAUCUGAUAUACAUGAAUAUUUCUUUAUGCAUUAAACUUUAGUGCUUUUGGCCCUUGAUAAUCCAACAUCUCUUCAAUGCGUUGCAGAUUUUAGAUAAAACUUGAACCAUUUUUAUUCUCACUAAGUGACUUAAUUUCAGACGCAUCUGUGGUCCUUUUAGAUCAAGUCAAGCCAGUUUAAUGAAGCAUGAUCACCUGUGAGAGGGAAGCUGCUCUGAGUAAAAUCAGAACAAAACGUGUCAAACUUUCAAAGGAACUUUUGUACUUUUUCAACUCUAAGGCUCCAUUCAGCUGCGUUUCUCUGUAGUUUCUGCGUGCGCUCAUCAUGAGACAGAGAUGAUGGCAUGAAUUUCUCCAAAGACAUUUGAAAGAGAAAAACUAAAGCUAACAAAAAUAUUAAAAUGUGCUUAAGGGUAAUGUGAAAAGCCAAUAUUUUUCAGUGCAAAUCUUCCUGAGGGUAAAAACCACAUCUACAAGAACCUUAGAGGGGCGUUCCUGUCAUCACUCUGCAGGAAAUUAUGGACUGGAAUCAUCUGGUACCUCCAAGUUUUAAGGAUUUUUUUUACUUUUCUUCUUUUUUUUUUGCACAGCUCUUCAAACUAAAGAAGGAUAUUUUAGAAAUAUAUUUUUUAUAAAUAAUGCUUAUAAUACUGUUUAUUUUUACCUUAUGUUAUCUGUUUGUCAGGUCUUUAGACACAUCAUCCAACCAAUACUCUCUACCAUUAAGCUCUGCACUGACUGCUGCCUUAGCAAGCCGAAAAUUGCAGGCCGACUCUUUUUACAACCCACCAAUUAACGAUAUGCUCGACUGCAAGCAGCUUCUAAAAUGUUAGAUUUCUUCUUCCUGUUGGAUGUUUUUUGUGCCCUAAUUUUUUAUUUAAAAGAAAUUCUUCAACCAGGAACAUUUUCAUGGAAAAUGUUUGUACUUCCAAAAAUAUAUAGAUAUAUAUAGAUAUAUAUUGACCACUUUUAGUUAGUUUUCUUAUCAGAUUACAGUCUGUUACUGGUUAGAGCUAAUGGCAAAUUGUGUCUAAGUGAACUCACCACUAAUACCCACAUGGAAUAAGAUGAGAGUUAUAGAUUUCUUGAAAAAAAAGUUUAAGCUUCACCUACAAACCAGGACAAAAUGUAUGAUCAAGAUUUUUUAAAAAGGAAGGUGUGUUUUUAAUUUAUUUUUUGGUUUAUUUUUCCAUAUAACGGGGCAUUAUACUGCAUGAAUGGAUAUUGUGUUAUAGUCAUAAUGGGAGCUUUGUAGCCUAUAUUAUGUUAAUGUUACUGUAAGAUAAUGUACAUGUUCUGACAAAUUAUACAAUUUUUAUUGAUUAUCUUCAUAAUGACAAUCCUGUACAGAUCUGGCAUAGUUUAUAGAUUAAAAACGGUUUCCUGUUGCAUUAUAAUUAUGUUUUUGGUGCCAUUAAAACAUGAAAAGCU